AUGCUGGCGAAUGCCGAGGUCGCGCAGGGCAGCUGGCAGCUGGACAGCUACUAUGUAGCCACAGCAAGGCCCAGAACAGCGCUAAGCCAAAGCGCAGUGGGCCACCCGCCCAGAGUCCGGGGGAUGAGGGGGAAGGCAGCCUGUGCCGAGGCAUGGCUGCGACGGACGCACCGUGGCAGCUGCGCCAUGACGGCAGUGGUCUCUCUUGCUGCUGCAGCUGCUGCUUCUGUGCGAUCGACGACGACCUGCCGGCUGACACGGCUGCUUGGCGUGUAUUCGGCAGCGCCGGCCUCGCCGCAGCGACGACUGCGGCAGCAGCGCGUGUCUAGGAUGGCGAUGCAAUCGGCGGCCAUAGCGACAUGGCCGCUGUCGGCCCCAUGCUGUCAGUCGGGGCUGAAGCAGCACCAGCCCCCGGGCAAAGUGAAGGCAUACAUUGCCCUAGGCAGCAACAUGGGCGACCGGAUCGGAUGGAUCGAGAAGGCCUGCACGGAGAUGGACAGGCGUGGACUGCGGGUGUGUCGCACCAGCAGUCUGUGGGAGACGGAGCCGAUGUACGUGCUGGAGCAGGACAAAUUUGCCAAUGGGGUAUGCGAGGUGGAGACGGAACUGGCACCGCUGGCCCUGCUGGACGAGCUGCAGGACAUUGAGCGCAGCUUGGGACGGCGCAAGCUGGUGGACAAGGGGCCGCGCAACAUUGAUCUGGACAUUUUGCUGUACGGCGACGAGAAGAUUGAAGACGAGCGGCUGACGGUGCCGCACAUCGGCAUGGCAGAGCGGGAGUUUGUGCUGCGGCCGUUGGUACAGCUGGCGCCGGGCAUUGCGUUGGACCCAGCCCGGCCGUGGAAGCUGGCGCAGGACUACCUGAACGAGUUGGCGGUGGUGGCGGGAAGCGAGCCGUUGACGCCGCUGACACCGUUGGGGACGGCGGAGACGACGAGAGAGCCGCUGCAGGCGCUGCGAUCGUCGCGGCGGACACGGGUGAUGGCGAUCCUGAACGUGACGCCAGACUCCUUCUCCGACGGCGGACGACACGCGGCGACGAGCGAGACGGCACUAGAUGCGCUGGCCGAGACGGUGCGCGGCUUUGUGCGGGACGGCGCAGCCGUGAUUGACGUUGGCGGACAGUCGACGGCGCCAGGGCGGCCAGAGGUGUCGGUCGAGGAGGAGCUGGCGCGCGUGGUGCCGGCAGUGGCGCGGAUUCGACAGGAACAUGCAGCCGACGUGGUGGCCAUCAGCGUGGACACGUACCGGGCAGCUGUGGCUGAGGCGGCCGUGGCAGCCGGUGCCGACAUGAUCAACGACGUGUCGGCCGGCGACAUGGACGCCGACAUGCUGCCGACCGUCGCUCGGCUGGGCGCUACUGUCUGUCUGAUGCACAUGCGCGGCACGCCUGCCACCAUGAGCACGCUCAACGACUAUGGCGGCCGCCCGUCUGCCAUGGUGGCUGCUGUGGCCCGUGAGCUGCUGGCCCGCGUCGCUGCAGCCGAGGCGGCUGGUAUCCGUCGCUGGCGCAUCGUGCUCGAUCCCGGACUCGGCUUCGCCAAGGUCGGCGACCAGAACAUUGACGUGCUGCGCCACCUGGCCGAGCUGCGGGCUUGGCCCGGCCUCGAGGGACUGCCGUGGCUCGUUGGCUCUAGCCGCAAGAGCUUUAUCGGCCGUACCACCGGCGUUGCUACACCGGCUGAACGCGUCUGGGGCACGGCAGCUACGGUGGCGGCGGCUGUGCAGGGCGGCGCCGACAUUGUGCGGGUGCACGACGUGCGUGAGAUGGCGCAGGUGGUGGCGAUGGCAGAUGCCAUCUGGCGGUAUUGA